CACCAACACUUUUUCAUUAACGAUUAAUUGGAAAACAAUGAAGAGAUAAUGGAAGUGAAGAAGAAAUUAACCUUAUCUUGUUCGAAAUGUAGAAUUGCAAAAUUGAAAUGCGAUCGAAAGGAGCCAUGUACUGAAUGCGUAAAAAGAAAUCGUACUCAUUUAUGCGUAAAAGAUGAACGAUUACCGAGACGAAAGAGGACAAAGGUUGACCAUUCAUCGGAUGAUGUACAAGAGAAUUACGAGGAGAAAACUAUAGAAGUAUUAGAAGAUUACAUAUUCGAUGCUAAGAGCGAUACUUUAUCAGCCAAUGGGGACAUGAAUGAUAUUCAAACUCAACACCGGAACAAUGACGUCAAGCCUGAUAAGCACAAUCCAUAUUGGCAAAACCUAUCGAAUGACGGCAAGCGAGAGAGGGAGCAUUUAGAGCUCGUUGCAGAAAUCGCAGCUUCACUACCUAGCUUGGAGCUCAUCAAAGCAUUAACAGAAGUCUUUGUCACAAGGUGUCAAGCACCGAUUGGUAACGUUGUGCACACACCUACGCAUAUACUUCGAAUUGAAAGAUUAUGUGCAUGUAUUGACUCAAAUGAAUUCAGAGAGAAAAAGUACGCCAUCCUCGAAUCCUUCGGUAUGGAUACGUUGGCUUGCUUGCUAUUAUCAUUAAAGCUGGGAUUAGCAUUUCAUCCUUCUCCAAAAUUUUCCGGUUGGUCUCCCAGCGAAGAAGCACUGCAAGUAGAAAAAAUUCGGUCGUCUGGUGAACAUAGGAAAGAUGAAGAGUGGGGUAAACUUGCUCAAAGAUGUCUGAAGAGCGGUUUGGUACCAUUUACAGGAUCGAUUGCCAGCCUACAAGCAUGUAUCAUGAUACUCUUGGACGGACAGGAAGACAGAGCGACUUUGGACAACAUUCUCGCUUGUGCUAUUUCUGGUGCCCGAAGUUUAGGCUUGCACAAAUUGGGUAGAGCUGAGCUAGGACCUUUGAUAGGACAAGGCGGGUCCAGUAUGACUAUGCCUAAUCAUAUACGAACCGAGUUAGGAGUUCGAAUAUGGUGGGCUCUCUCAAUCCAUGAUUGGUCUCAUGCACAGGUGACUGGGCAGUUUACAAUCCAUCCCUCGGAAGUGUCUACCCGUAAGCCAUUACAUAUUAACGAUCAAGAUUUGAUAUCGGAGGCAUUAUCAUUCGAUGAUCAAGGCUACAUAGUGGAACAACCAAAGACGCAAUUUACAAUGCUUUCUUAUACGGUUUGUGUUAUAGGAAUUGCAAAACUGUUGCGGGACAUCCUUCAGAUGAGCAUUAGUUCAACAUCAUCAAGAAGUAUGGAGGAAAUUAGGAAGAAGUACGGAAAAAGAUAUGAAGCACUUCUUGCAGAUCUGCCGCCCUACUUUCGUCUUGGCAGUACGAUAGGCGUAGGCGUAACAAAUGGACUGGAACAAGCAGUACCAAUUCAUCGUUGGAUGAUCCAUCAACAAUUAUGGAGUUUACUUUUACGUUUUCAUAGAAAUUACCUUGCCAACUCAAUUGGUUCGCAACAUUCUGAAAUGUUGGCUUUGAAUAUUAUUGGAUCACAAGCACAAUUACAAUCGUCUUGCGUCGUUUGUGGAUCACUAACUGCGGGUAUAAGUCAAAUGUUAUAUGCAGCAGCGGUUCUUCUUUUCGAAUUGUUACGACGACGAAAAAGCAAUUCUAACGAUCGACUUGUCCGAUUAAUGAUAAGAGAUAAAGUUAGUUUGGCUAUCGAACUGUUGAGAGGACGAAUUGAUCAAGAUUACAAAGGUUAUGUUACAACACGAGGGAUUCGUCUUUUGGAAGCAUUGAUGGAAUUUGAAGAAGCUGAAGCAAAUAAUAAUGCGAGCGAUGGUCGGAUGUCUACAGAUCCUUUAAAGGAAAAAAUUACAAGGAUCAUCUCCUCCUUGCAAAAUCAGCCAAAGAAUACAAAUGACAUCAACCCUUUGAUUGAAACAAAUGCUUCCCAUACCCGACCUGUCAUCUCUGCGACAGAUUUAUUGAUGGAUAUGAAUGUCCUUCCCAUCACUACCGAAGAUCAGUUUAGCCAAAACUUUGACUUGGAUCAAUUUAUUGAUUCUUUCACCACUUCACAAAGUGAUAUUCCGGAAGAAGAUUUCGAAUUGGGUGAAUUUCUAAACAUGAUGACGGCAAGCCCUUUUUCGAGCUUUGAUACAAUGACGACCAGUUCGCUAGAUGCUCCAUCAACGUCUGCCGCUGCAAAUUCAUGUUUUACUCCGAUCUUUCAAUGAAUUCAAUGUGAGCACUCUUGUUCCUUAAUCUGUAUAUUUACUAUCUAUAGUUGUAUUGACAAUCACUCGGGAAGUUCAUCACGGAGUUUUCAUUGAAGCGCUGAGCGCCAGAAGUCGUUCAUCACUAGCGUCGGAGUAAUGCAUUAUGCUCCUAAAGAAUUGAAAGUCCGAAAGGCCGUUGAGGUAAAGUGCCUCGUGUUCCUGAUUGGUGUCCUAUAGGCGCCAACUAUAAGAUCGGUGCUGCUUCUACGCCAUUAUCCUAAUUGUAUAAAUACAGAUACUCUAGAUAUAUGUAGAAUCGUCUUUCAAUCAAUUUCAUC